CCUCCAUUGCAGCAUCAAAGCUGCAUUUGAUCCUUGAAAGACGAAACGUUGAUGUGGCACGCUGACUCCCCAGCAGGCGAUUCACAAGCUACGACCGGAGAUAUCAAGUGGUCAGAACUUUUACAAUCGAUAACAGUCUUUCCACACAAUUUUCGACUUAUCUGGGAUUGGGAUAUAGAUCCAAACAAGCAGCAAGAUAAAAACAAUCACGACUACUUUGCAAGCAUUCCAGAGCAUUCAAAGACAGGGUUGGAAGGUUGUCUAAAUGCGGCGACUAGGAUACGGAAUGUCAGAUUGGCAUUACAAGAGGUGAAACAGUAUGGAGUUGUAGUGAAGAAUCUUCGAGAAGAAACGGUGGUUCUUGAGAGGGCAUUGAGGAGCAUGAGCAACCUAAAAAAGACUUGCGUAGGUCCCGAGGAUUCAGAAAAGGAAGAUGGAAAGGAAACAAUAGUAAAUCAACUUACUAAAGACAAGGGCCAAUGAACGCUUCUAUGCUUGGCGGCAGGAAACGGGCAUGAGACGGUCAUAAAAUUGCUUCUCGACACCGGCAAGGUCAACUUGCAUUGGGAGGAGCUACAGACGGCGCUGUGGCUUGCGGCGCAAAAAGGCUAUGAAGCGAUCGUUAAGAUGCUUCUCGAUACUGGCAAGGUUGACGCAAAUGCUCAGGACUGGUAUGAACGGACAGCGCUGCAUAGGGCGGCAGAGAAUGGGCAUGAGGCGGUUGGUAAGCUACUCACUCAGCCUUUCACAAUCUUUCCUCCUGCAAGAAUUGAUCUUGGUUUAGCAUAA